AUGAAAGACCACGGUCCUGUAACAGCAGGACGUGAUCUAGCAUAUUUUUCUGAGAUGAAUGAAAAACUGGAAUCAAUUGGUAAUCAAAUGCAGAUGUUGAUCAAAGGUCGCACGUUUCAAAGCUCUAUUAAUGACGAGUUAAUGGCUAAAUUAAAUGAACUGAACGAGACAUCGAAACAAUGUGAUUUGCCAAAUGGAGGUGAAGUACUUUCAGAAGAUAAACUAUCAGUCGCGAAGGAUGAUGGUAUUAGUAUCCAUGAACUGGCAGUCAUUAAAACGACAGAAGAAAAGUAUAUGCAGACCGAUUUACAAAUGAGAGACAUCACUAAUGCUAUAUCGAAAGGUGCUGAUGUAUGUGGAUUCGUUGCACCUCUUAACGUUUUUGAUAAAUGUGAAUACGAUGUAUCAUCCAGUUCGAGUGAAAACCAGGUCGAUAUUUCAUCAAUCAAAUAA